AGCAGGACGACCGUUGGUUGACAAGUUGACGGGAGGCCGGGCCCGCGCUGGCGCUCGCGGGGGGAGAGAGCGAGAGACUCGGACAACGGUGAAGCCCGCGCCCGCCCGCCCGCGCCGAGGAGGGGCCCUCACGGCCGGUAACCAAGGCGGGGAGGUAGCUAGCGAGGUGUUAAGGCUACUUUCUGUACGUGGUCUGGAUAUGGAGCCUGCCAGCAUUGGGAACCUGUGUACUUUGUACCAAAGCUCCGAUUUCCUGGUGGUGAAUAAACACUGGGAUGUCCGCAUUGACAGUAAGAUGUGGUAUGAAAAGCUGACUGUCCAGUCUCAACUGAAGCACCAGUUUCCUGAGCUUGCAGACCCAAACACGUACUACGGGUUUAGAUUUUGUCAUCAGCUGGAUUUCUCAACAAGUGGGGCGCUGUGCAUUGCUCUUAAUAAGAUGGCAGCUGCCAAGGCCUAUCGGUGUUUCCGAGAUCGUCUGGUAACCAAGAUAUACCUGGCUCUGGUCAGAGGUCACGUCUCUUUGGGCAGAAUGGCCAUCAAUCAUGCAAUUGGCAAAAGUACAACAGUGGGAAUGACCCACAUGAUGUGUACUGUUGGAAUGCACGGUUGUCAAAAUCCCAAGCCAUGCCAGACUGAACUGACUGUUUUGGAAAGAGGUUUCUACAGUGGAGAUCCAGUUACAAAAGUACUCCUCCAACCUUUAACAGGUCGGACGCAUCAGCUGAGGGUUCAUUGCAGUUCCAUCGGGCAUCCUAUUGUGGGUGACUUCACCUACAGCUUGAAGACAGAUAACGACCCUUAUCGCAUGAUGCUUCAUGCCUAUCACCUGCAGAUCCCUGUGGAAGGAGAGCCGAUAGAAGUGACCACACCCGACCCAUUCAUGCGCACGGUGGACAACAACUGGGAGAUGGGCACGCAUGUCAAUAACCUGCACAAUAUCAUCGGGGAACUCAAAGAGAAAUACAUAACAGAACAAUGUGAGAGGAGCAGUACUCUUGAAGUUCAGGCUGAAAAAAUACCAGUGAAAAAGCCUCGUGAAGAGACAAAAGAAGAAAGGGAAAAGUGUUUGCAGUGGUUAAAUGAGUGGGCGGUGAGCUAAUGUUUAUGACCUUUCGUGAAUGGGGAGUUGCCAUGAAGUUUUCAACAGUGGUUGUUGGCAAGAUGGAUAGAUGCCACAGGACCACCACAUUAUUGGAAAUAACCAGAUUUGCUGUGUGCUGAUGUUGCUUUACUGGUAUUGUCCAAAUUCACACCUUUUGUGUCAAGUAUUUAUUGGGCUUAACAUACUUGGUGACACCUUUGAGAGUUGUUCUUCCUCCAUGUUGUUCCAAAUACCCCUGCACCACAGAAAUGUACUGUUGAACAGACUAUAUAAUU